AUGGUUGUCGCGGCGGCCGAGGGCCCGAUCCGCGCCGACGCCGUGCCGCCGGAGAGGGCCGAUGCAGCGGCGGCGGCGGCCAGGGAGGACGAGGUCGUCAGGGAGUACAAGAGCGACGUGAGGAAGCUGGAGGAGCUGUUCAAGAAGCUGAACCCCUCCGCGGAGGAGUUCGUGCCGCUCUCCCGCCGCCAGCAGGGGGGCGGCGGCGCCCGCCGCCUCUCGGCAGACGCGCCCGUCUUCGUCUCGCCCGCGAUCGACUACUACGCGCCCCACCACCCGUUCCAGCAUCAGCAGAUGCACGUGCUGCAGGUGGUCGGCGGCGCGGGCAGAGACUCCAGCAGCGACGGAUCCGCCAAUGGCCAGCCCAAUCGACGGAGAAGGAGUGGCUUCAACCAGGGGAGACGUCGGAUGGGAGUCCGGCCAAGGCGAACUGAUAGGGAGGAUAGUGUACGGCGAACCGUCUAUGUCUCAGACAUUGAUCAACAUGUCACUGAACAGAAGCUUGCUGAGGUUUUCUCAAACUGUGGUCAAGUGGUAGAUUGCCGUAUCUGUGGUGAUCCAAACUCAGUGAUGCGUUUUGCUUUUAUCGAGUUCGCCGAUGAUGUCGGUGCAAGAGCAGCUCUAACGCUUGGUGGAACCAUUCUUGGUUUUUAUCCUGUCAGAGUUCUGCCAUCUAAGACUGCAAUUUUGCCUGUGAACCCCAAAUUUCUUCCUCGAACAGAGGAUGAGAAAGAAAUGGUAUCCAGGACUGUGUACUGUACUAAUAUUGACAAAAAUGUUCCAGAGGAUGUUGUGAAGAAUUUCUUUGAGGGAAUUUGUGGGGAGGUUGCUCGACUGAGGCUGCUUGGUGAUUACGUGCAUGCCACGUGCAUUGCCUUUGUUGAGUUUGUUCAGGUAAGCAAAGCUUGAUACUGUACUGAAAUUCAC